AUGUUAAAAUUUCACGAGUUUACGUCGGUUAGAUGCUCCGAAACUCUAGAUAUCCCUCACUACAAGUUCAAUUUCGUAGAAUUUAGCAAAUUGAGGAGCAACUCUGACUACACAAGGCUCUUAUGUGAUAUCAUUGUCGAGGUCAUCAAAAUUGAUGAAGUCGUUAAGUAUAAACGUGAUGGUCAUGAAACGACAAGGGUUAAGACAUAUCUGCGUAACUUGAGUCACAUUUUUGUUACUUGCAAUAUAUUCGGCUUACAUAUAGUUAGCUUAUCUUAUCUGACUUACACCUACGAAUAA